ACACCAGUGACCAGUUGUGUCUACUGUGUUGGCCAGUGACCGCUCGGUGGCCAGUGUAGAUGGGAUGUGUAAUUAGUGAUAGUAACACUUUGCAAGGUACACAUCACUGAGGUGCGAUAGACCAGGCCUACACGCGGGAGUGGACUGUAAUCAUCCCUUAAGGCUGGAGCCUUCACACAAAACAAUGUCAGCCUACGCCCAAUUCGGCUACACCUACCCUACGGCAGCCUCACAGCUGCUUGUGGGUCAGAGCGGGGGCGGCACCGGCGGGUCGGGGUGCUGUGAGGGCGGGCGCACCAUCAUGACAGACCCCGUCAGCGGCCAGCCCGUCUGCUCCUGCCAGUACGACCGCCUUGCCCUCGGCUCCUACUCCAGGAUCGGAUCGGGCCUUGGGGCCUCAGGGGGCGUCUACGGCACCACCUACACCACCAGUGAACAGAACCCCUAUCCAUCCAUCGGCAUGGACUCCUCCGCCUUCUACAGCCCGUUGAGUUCGGGCUACGGCAUGAAGGAGGGCGGGGCGGCCGACGUGUCCAUGUACGGCAGCGGUCUGGGGGCGUCGCCAGCGGGCUACUACCCCUACGACCCCACCUUCGCCGCCUAUGGGUACGGUGCCGGUUAUGACCUGGCCGCCCGCAGGAAGAACGCCACCCGAGAAUCGACGGCGACGUUGAAGGCGUGGCUGAACGAGCACAAGAAGAACCCUUACCCCACCAAGGGAGAGAAGAUCAUGCUGGCCAUCAUCACCAAGAUGACCCUCACACAGGUGUCGACGUGGUUCGCCAAUGCACGUCGGCGGCUGAAGAAAGAGAACAAGAUGACGUGGGAGCCGCGUAACAAGACUGACGAUGACGACGCUAAACUCUCCGACGACGAGGACGACGAGAAGGAACCAGGAGAUAAAGACGAUGAUGAUAUCAAGAAGGACGACAAAGAUGGCGACGCUACUAUGACGGAGACCAAGGUGGAGGACAGCGAGGGUCAGACGGAGCUCAAGUCGUGUGAGGGAGGAGUGGUGGCCAACAGCAAGGCGGUGACGGCGGCCAUCUCCCCGGCGCCUGCCCUCCACCCCACCAUCUCCCCCACACCUACUCUCCACUCCACCAAUCCCUUCACUGUCCCUAAGGGAGAGAAGGUGAGCCUUAUGAGUGACUGUGCUGUGUCACUACCGUCUGCUAAGCCCAAAAUCUGGUCCCUGGCUGACACAGCAGCGUGUAAGACUCCCCCGCCCACUGGUGGUGUGGGCGGCGCGCCGGGCAGCGGGUGGCUGGCGGGCGGCACAACCUUCCCCCUGCCACCCACCAUCCCACCCACCCAGCAGCAGUACCCACACAGCGCCCGCUUCACACAUCUCAUGUCCGGGGUCAACCCAGCUCAGUACAUGGCCGGCUACAGUGACGGGGUUGGCACGGACACUCCGCCUCAGACGCCGCCCAACGUAAAGGGUCAACAAGGUCAGCAGGGUCAAGGCGCAGGCCUGCUGGGCACUGGGGCCUUCCUGGGAGGCUCGAGCUCCGGCAGCUACGUCGGUGGCAGUAUGAGCGUAGGUCUGUCCUCCUGCUCCCGUGGUUCUACAGCGCCCUUGCCUGCCCCCGGUGUUGGAAGCGCCUCCGUAGGGGACACCUCCCUCCACCAGCGGUACCAGGGCGGCGGCUCUCACGCGCCCAACCACAACAACACAGCCACGUCGCUCCCCAACACAGCCUUCACACCCGUCUAUAAGAACGCGCAGCAGGGCGGGCAACAGGUCCCCCAGCAGACGUCACAAAUGGCGAACCAACAGCAGAUGCCGUGCCAGCAGACGCAGCAGGUACAAGGGGGCCCCGUCACAGCAGGACCCUACGUGUCGUGAAGCCAGUGUAAUAAGCAGGCUGUUGAUCCCAGUGUUUGGGGCGGCGCGAUGGGGGGCACACUCCUGCUGGAGGGCGACAUGCAAGAUUGUCUCCUGCAGCAGUAGGAAGCAGGGACAGAAGUAACAGGCAAGGACAGCAGCAGCAGAAGGGGUGGCAGCAGGAGUAGAAGGGGGAGGAGGCGGGAGUGGCAGCGGAGGCAGGAGCGGCCGAGCGGGGAUCCAUCAUUGUGAACCGUCUCGUUUGUGAGUCAAAUGAGACGUGUUGGUCAGCCGCAGGGAUCCCCGAGGGGCACAGCCAGGCCCGGGGCGGGGGGGAUGCCGCCCCUCCCACCCACGCCAUCAAGCACCAAGGGCGUCACAGGAUCACACUAGCCCACGUCCAGUAGAGAGAGGCGGGCAGCAGGAGCGGGCCCGACUGGCCCAGCAGCCGCCAGCCCAUCCCACACACACACCUCCAUCACCGCUCCCACCGCGGGCCCCCACCACCUCCACCUUCACCACCGAGGCGCCUCGCCUUUCCUGCUUGCUUGUGCUCCCUACCUUCUCGGAACACCACCAGCGCUCAUCACAGCGAGAGGAAAAUGGUCGAACAGCGACACAGGCGCGACAGCUGUAUUACUGACCUUGGCGGAGGCCUCCAGCUGCAUACAAUGUCACCCUGGAACUCACCCCAGUUGUACCCAAGAGCUGUUUCUAGCUACCCUGGUCAACGGUGCAUUAGCAGUGACACCAAAGUUGCUGAAAUGAUCAAUGUAGCGCAGCGUGUGUUUAUGUGGUGGACGCUGACUAACAGGCACAGUGAGCAUUUGUGUAGCAUCAGUGCCACCACUCAGUGCAGCGGGGAUGGCACUCAGACAGUGAAGGAGCCAGCUGGUGCCGCAGGGCGCCCUCCCAGUCAAUGCCACCCGAGUGUUACGCCAAAGGACAGUGUGUGCCAUGACCUUCGACGCGUAUUUAACUGAGCGAUUAUUUUUUUCGUCUUAUUCUUCGACGCAGUUGAAGUUGUUGCUGUAAAAAGUAAAUAAUAAAAGGUGGACAACGCCCUGGCAAUGCACACGGCAACUUAUCAAGUUUUCGUUUAAUUUUGUAAAUCUUUAGAAUUUAGGUUACGAUUAAUUUUAAGAAACCGACGAAGAGUAAUAUUAAUACUGAAUAUUAUUGUCUGUGAUAUAUAUACGUUGACGUAGCUCAAAGAAACGGCUGCACUAUUGUUAUAAUAAAUAAUUAAAAAAGUAAUUCCGUACGUAUAAUUGAACCUGGAGUGCAAUUUACUUGAAAAUAUUUGUGAUGAGACUAUAAGGACAUGCUCAGUGUCAGCUAGUGUACCUUAGGGACUAGUGAGCCAAGCUGACGCCACCUGCUGACGGUGUUCUGAACAGGAAAACAAAAAUGGAGUGAACGCACGCAACACAGGAGCCAAGUGAACGCACCGAAGGAAGUUUACGUAUGGUUCUCGCCCUCGUAGCAUCACCCUCACCAUCCUCACCAUCAUCUCUCAGCGGUCGCUGACACAACCAUAGUGUUGACAACCUUACAGUGCUGACACAAUCUUACAGUACUGACAACCUUACAGUACUAAUAAAAUCAUAGUGCUGACAACCUUACAGUACUAAUAACCAUAUAAUGCCGACAGCCUUAGUGCUGAUAUAACCAGUGCUGAAAACCUUGCAGUACUGACACAACAAUACAGUGCUGACAAUAUUAGAGCGCACACACAUUAUUGGUGUAAACAAAACCAGUUUUAAAAUUCUGACAAAAAUAGUGCUGACACAAAUAUAUAUUACUAACACAUCCGUACCGUACUGACAACCCUAAAGUGCUGACACCGCCGAAUUACUGGCUGUACAAUGGAACUAAACUUGGAAUCAGCUGUAUUCACGACUUGAUCAGUGACGUCAAACCACCACUCGGAUGAUUGGCUUGUUGAUGAGCACAGAGACCAAUCAUCGAUCAUCUAUGACGUCAUUCUUGAAGGGCUGAAUCAGUCUCAACUUGACAUAAGAAAAAUAAGUGAUUCUUGGAAUAUUAUGUAACAGAUGUACUGGUGUUAAUUCUACAAGUGUUCGGAUCACUCAUGUGGUUUGGUAUUGUUCAGAGCGACUUGAUUUUAUUUUUUGAAAGUAUAUAAAAGAGGAUUUAUAUUAUUUACAAUGGCCGGUAGAUACCCCAGUCUAUCCACUUUGCAAACGUUGUCACUCAAGACAAGCGAUUUUCAUUCUUACAUUUGUAUUUUCACUGCUUACUGUCUCAUCAUUAUUUUCACUUGGUUUUUCUGUGUCAUUGCACACCACAGACAAAAGAUGACCUUCAUGUCACUACAAACUAAGGGUGGAUAUUGCUUGUCCCAUCAUACUGCUGUAUAGAAUAGACAAGGACUAACCAUUAAAAGUGAAAUGGGAAUUUAGGGACAAAUGUUAAACCUUUUCCAUUAUUAAUCAACUUCAGCAUUUCAGUGAUAGUGAGGCCUCAAUUAUUGUACAUCAUCAGUCCGUGAUGGCGACGUCAUCAAUGUGUGACGUCACGAGAUGCUGUCCUGAAUGCCAAUAUGUGCUUUGUGUACUUAUUUUUCAGCAUGAUACGUGAACUAUAUUUUUUAUGUAAAAUCAUCUAUACUGUGUUUCAUAAGCACUAACUGACUUGGAAGGCAAUAGUAAAAUGUAAUGUACUUUUCUGGUAAAGUGAUGAUAAUAAUAUUAAUAUAAUAAUAAUAUAAUAAUAAUAAUAAUAAUAAUGAUAAUAAUAACAGUUUCAGGCUAAGGCACAGCAUCUCUCUGUUAAUGAAUUACAGCAGCUGCCACCACUUAACAGCUGCUGUAAACCAACACUAAAAAUAAACAUAAGAAUAACUCCAUUCUACCUGUGUAAUGAUCCCUAUGUGCCAAACCCGCUCUUUUUUCGGGCAGACUUUUUCAAAAUGUUAUUAAUGAUGAAUUUCGCUAUCUUUUUUUAUAAGCAGUUGAUUGCCUCAACCCACGCACCUUCUGGUAUUAGAGUCACCCACCUCCACUGUCUCCCAUGUCUAAAAACAUAUGAUCUAAGAGUCUCAUUUGUAAAUGUAAUUAUUUUUGUGUCAAGUUAUUAUUAUUUUUUUAUUUGCUUUGUUAAUUUCUGUAAGUUACAACACCUCUUGCAUACGUAAUGGUCUGGAAGUUGAGUUACCUCUAUUAUAAAUAUUACAUUUCUACAACUUACAAUUAUAAAUCUGUAAGAAUUAUGUAUCCGUUAUUGUUAUUAUGUAAAAGAUUCACACCUUAUUGCAAAUAAGAUCGUCUAAAAACAUCUCGGUAAGACUUUGGUCAGGUACCAUGGAGGAUUAGCGGUGGAUGGUAGGAGGGAGGGAAGGACACACCAACACCCACCAUCAUGCAUCUCUUGUCCCAAAUGUCUCACACACUCACUCACUCACCACUCAGCUGUCAAAUCCACACACAGGUUUUUAUUUGUGUCCAACAUAUUAGUUGACUACUCGUUAAAAUAAAAAAAACUACUAAUUAUGUAUUUUUAGAUUAGUCCAAAUUAUAUUCACCUGCCAUUUUCGCGAUGGGGCGACUGUACAUAACUCUGACCAAAACUAGAUUAGAAAUAAAUGCAUUAGGCGUAUACGCAGUGUCACUUGUAUGUUCAUGAGCAAUCCAAUGCACUUCGAAUUCUGACAUAAUUCGCGAAAAUAAUAUUAAAAAACUAUUAAGUUGUGAGAAAUUCUGAUGACUGGCGAAUGAUACCUGGACACAAGUGCUAUCCGGCCUCAGCCAAUGACCGUCGGCUGGACAACAUCACUUCUUUCAUGAAAACUACAGCGAGUCUAGAAUUCGAACGCCCCUAAAGCUUUCAGUGAUUUUUUGUUUUCAAAGAAAGUUUAUUCCCUCCUGACGAAGAAGCAGAAGAGGAGGACGACAAUAAGCUGCAUUAAACCCUAACUGAAAGUUGACGUUGGAUAAACUCGAGUGACACAGUGGUUCUUCUUUCUCCCUUGGGUAGCAAGUUAUCCAGAUAUGUGACUCCAGAUGUGACCUCCUCAGGAUUGGCUGUUGUAGCUACUCUUGUGUCCGUUGUUACGUAACUUUGUCAAGGAUAACCUAACUUGACCUGUAGAUUAGUUAUACGUGGAAGUUGUGUACAUAUUUAACGACAUUCAUACUGAAAAAACAAAUAAUAAUAAUAAACACGUUUUCUAUGAG